AUGCUUUUGAUUUGCCUUUACCGAUCCAAUGAACUGGACAACAAUCACCAGUUUUCUGAUUUGAUACAAGAGGUAGAAAAGAAGAAGAGGUUUCAUGAUGUGCAUACUACAUACCUCGCAAUGACAAAUCUGGAUGUUGCUUCUAUCAACGACCUACUCUUGGAACUGCUCAAUAUGGAUGACCCUGAUUAUGAAAGCACGCGGCCACUGGCAGAAUUGUGCCACAAACGGACUUUGGGUAAUCCACUGCAUGCAAUCAGCUUUGUCGGACAACUCUCUGAUGAAAAGUUUCUCAAGUUUGAUCUAGGCAAGGUUUGCUGGCAUUGGGACAUUGAUCAAAUUCUCUCCAAAACAUUUGCAAUGUCAAACGUUGUUGAACUCAUGAGUCACGAGAUGGCAAAGCUCCCUCUGAUCCUUCAGCGACGCCUAUGCGUGGCAGCCUGCUUUGGAAACUCGUUUCAGGCCCAUAUUCUCAAUGCUGUUUUGCAAGAAAUGGAGGAUGAAGAGGAAUCUAUCAUUACUCUUCCUGAUAUGAAAGUGUCCAACGACAGUGAAGACAAUGAAGACGUGACUCUUGAUAACUGGUUGUCCUUCUCUGAAUCUUGUGGGUUUUUGGAACAGCAGAUUUCAAGUCCAUUAUCUCCAGCCUUAUCCUAUCAAUGGGUUCAUGACUCUGUCCGGGAAGGAGCUCUGGCCCUAUUGUCACCGGAAAAGUUGAGCAAAUUGAAGGGCCAGCUGGGUCGGCAACUUCAGAAGAGCCUUUCUGGGGUCGAAUUGGAAUCCAUUACUUUCAUUGUGGCAAACCUGCUUCAUGAUGGCCCCAAAAUUACUGAUGAGGCUGAGUUUAUCCUUUUUGCCAGUAUCAAUUUGGAGGCAGCACAGAAAGCAACACGUGUAUCUGCAUUUGCAACCGCUGCGCAGUAUGCAUCCAGAGGUAUUGACUUGCUUCCAGAAAAGAAGUGGGAGACCAACAAAGACCUGACACUGGACCUCUAUACAAUUGCUGCUAUGACUGAAUAUAUGGCUGGCCUUCGGGAAGCAGUGAAUGCACGGUUUCAAGAAGUCAAAGCAAGAAAUGACAUUCCUCUGGCUUCAAAACUUGAAGUCUAUGCUUCUCAAAUCAGAUCUCUAUGUGCAACAACUGAUCGGGAUGAUGGCAUCGCCCUAGCACUAUCCGUCUUAGAGCAGCAAGGGAUCCAAUUCCCCAAGACAACUGUGGGAAGAGCUCUAUCUACCAUCAUUUUGCUAGUGAAAGUCAAGAAACAGUGCAAGGAAGUCACCUCCACUGAUUUGGCACAGCUUCCAGAAAUGGACUCCCAAAAUGUUAGCAAAAUGAAGCUUUUGCGUGAACUUACCAACUACUGCUAUGGUUCAGCAAAGUAUGGCAUGAUCAUGCCUCUUGCCAUUCUCACUUCUGCAAGGCUCACCUUCAAGCACGGCGUAUCAAUCUUUGCGCCUCCAAACCUGGCAGCAGUUGGAGUUGUCUUCACGGGGUUUUUGAGGAGCUGGUUGGAUCCACUCAGCUCUUGCCGGCCUCAUUUCAUGAAGGGCUAUGAGAUUGGACUCCGCAUUGGUGAUGCUGAAUUUGCUUCUUAUUGUGUCUUUACAUACAUUACAAGCGGGCUUCAGACCGGAAGGCCACUGAGCGAGCUCGAGAAUGACUGCCGAUUAUACGCCAACCAAAUACGUGUCCACGUGAUCAGACACUGUACACCCUACUGGCUGGCCAUUGUGCGGCUGAUUGGCUGUGAAGAGCAAACAGAGCCACUGUUGGGUGACACUGAGGCAAGGAUGACUUUGGAUGAGCUUGUAGAGCGAGAUGAAGCUAUUGAGAACCUUGCUCUGGCUGCAUCAGCAAUGAAAAGCCGGCUCUACGCCAUUUUUGGAGACCAUGAAGCUGGAGCAAAGCUUGCCCUUGAAAGGGGUGACCAAUUUGGAAAGACAUUGCCAGCAAUACACAUGAUCAUGCCCGAGACUUUUGCUCGAGGAGUCUCACUUUAUGCCAUGGCCAUUGAGACCAAGAGUAGGAGGUACAAACAUCACGCAAGAAAGGUCCAUGCUACCAUAAGGAAAUGGAGAGAGGCUGGGAACCCAAAUGUCAUUGGAUAUGAGAAGCACCUGGAUGCCGAAGAUGCUGUUCUAAGAGGAAAGUUUGACAUGGCUAUUUCCCUCUAUCACUCAGCCAAAGCAAUCUCCUCACGAAGCGGACUAGUCCAAGAUGCAGCCUUGGCUGCUGAGCGUUGUGGUGAGAUGCUGCUACUCCAACAAUCGCCUGUAGAUGCAGCCCCCUUGCUGGAAGAAGCAUUGAGUCUGUAUCGCAUUUGGGGGGCACAUGCCAAGGCUGCACAACUCCUCCAAAAGCACUCUGGGAUUCUUCACGAAAAGAACCUCUAA